ACAGUUACGCGAGACUUUGUGAGAUUCGGGGACCAGGGCGCUGUUUCCCCAUUGGUUGCUGUCUGCCCCGCGUGGUUGCUAGGAGACAAAAGUAAACAGAGCGGAAAGCUGCCGGAGGCGGCAUGGCAACGAACUACAAAGCGGGGCAGUAUGAGGAUGCCUUCCUUGCACAGAAUUUGCAAAACUGGACCCUGCCCAAGCUCUACAAGGAGCACCCCUCUGCCCGGGAAGGCUACACCCAAUUUAUAGCCAAUGACCGAGGACACCUGCUCCCCACAGUGCCGCGUUCAAAGGCUUCCCCCUGGGGCACAUUUAUGGGAACCUGGGAGAUGCCACUGAAGAUUCCCCCAGCCAAACUGAACCUGACCUCCCGCUCGGCUGCCGCAGCCUCGCACCUCACGGACUGGAUCCACAAGUCCACUGCACUGACCAGCGCCUGCAACGGCCUCCGCCCGCAGAUCACUGGCAAGCCUCGAGAGCCUGAAUCACACACGCAGCCCACAAAGGAGCUUUCCAGUAAGAACAGCCGAGCAUCUAGCAGAGGCUCCCAGGGCCCCAGGUCCUCAGCCAAAAUGCCCCCUGAAGAAGAGGCUUAUCACAAAGGAUCCACCCCCUCCAAGGUCCCACUAUCACGCCAGCCUGGCUGCAUGGAUGUUCGAAUCAAAGGAGCUACCUCCCAAGAGAUCUCGGGUUCGCGCAAGCCAGGAUCAAAGGAGGCUUGGCACAGAGGAAGCAUAUCAUCUGAGGUCCCAUUGUCACGCCAACCCGGCUGCAUGGAUGUUCGAAUCAAAGAGAUCUCCUCACCCAAAGUCCCAGCUUCCAACCGACCUCCUUCAAGGGAAGCUAAUCCCAGGCGAGCCAUCUCCGCCGAAGUCCCAGCUGCAAGUCGACCUGGGUCAAUGGAGGCUAAAGCCAAAGGAGUCAGCUCACCUGAGCUCAUGGUUUCAGGUUGUCCUGGGUCAAUGGAGGCCAAUCCCAGGGGAGCCAUCUCACUUGAGGCCUUGGCAUCAGGCCGCCCUGGUUCAAAGGCUAGCGAAACAGCUGAGACCCAGAAGAGGAUGUCAAGGAGGGCAGCAGAGGGGAACGGGAGCAUGUCACCCAAGAUGGAAGGGUCAGCAAGAUCCCAGUCCUGCCCUGAAGAAAGAUUUGAGCAAACAUUCAACUGAAGGUCAAAGCAAAUUCUAUGCCCGAGACACGAACGCUAAUGAGAUCAAGGACAAACAUCUUGCUCAGCAUUUCAAGCCUUCUGGCCCUAUACUUUCUUCAGUUCUAGUCACCUUCAUCCCCAGGCUGGAGGUGUUUCCUUUCCCUCCAUCUAGUUGUAAAUCUCAACUUUUAAUCCUGUUUGUGAGCUAGAUUCUUUGCGAGUAGGAACUCCCCCCCCGGAUAAGAGUGAGCCCAACCGACCCAGCAGUGACACAAUUGACUUCCCAGCCUGUUGAGCCCCAAGGUUGGGGCUCUCAGACCAAGACGCUGCCUCACAGGGACAUUCACCCAUAUGCACAAAUUGCUUUUCAACCUGAGCAUAGGAACAAAACCAGCCAGGGCUGAUGCCCAGGUUGGCAAGAGGGUGGUUGGUUCUGAAGGAGCCCAAGUGAUGCUGAUGAUUCGACAGUACCAUGUGGCCAGCGUGUGUGUUCAUGGUAAUCAACACAAAAAUAAAACUAAAAAAAAACAAAACAAAA